CUCACUUCACUUCACCCUUCUUCUGUCUGCUUCGACGCCUCGACGCCACACUUGGCAGCAGCUCGCACUCGACAGCAGCCGCUGCUGCUACUCUGCGACGCGGUCUGCGCCAUUGUGACAGCUAGCGCUGCACUGGUCUCGCCCUCGCCCUCGCCUCCGCCUCCGCCCACCGCGCGCCCACGCAGCCUACACGUACACGCCCACGUCCUCCUACACCCCUGCUCCCUCCCGCCAUGAGGAGGCGACGGUGGGCGCCGCUCGCCGCCGCGUGCCUCGUCGCGCUCGCGGCGCUCCUGGCCGCCGUCCACGGCGGCGGCGGUGGCGGCGCUCGGGGCGCCGCCGCGCCAAUGCCCGCGACCCGCCGCCCGGAGGCGAGCGCGCGCGUCGCCGCCUUCGACGCCGCGCGGUGCAAGAGGCAGCGGAACAGAGCUGGCGCCGCCUGCGCGAUGCUGCCCGCCGCCGCUGCGGCCGGCGGCGGCGGCGACGACGACAAGCGGGUCGUGCCGACAGGCUCCAACCCCCUGCACAACCGAUGACAAGAUCUUGCACGAUUGCAGAGGCAAGGACGUGGAGGAUCUCCGUCGCACUUGCUCUGCGUGCGUCGUGCUCGUGCGUCAUUCCAUGGCGGAUUGGUUGGCGGCGCGAGGGGAAGUGUAGCGGAGGAGAACUCCAUGGCCACUGAUCUAGCUAGCCUCCAGCUAGGGAGUAGUAGGAUUAUAGUAGCGUAUAUAACCAGUUACUACUAACUAACUAGUGGUUCUUGUUCCAUGGCCGCUCUGGUAUCGGCGUUCGUCAGAGCCGACGAACUGUUGUAAGCCACGGUUUGGAACGCCGGAAUUUCGUGGGAUUUCCAAGGAAAUUGCAUGUUUCUCCCGUGAAAUUCUCGCGUUCCAAACAAGACCUCAAGACUGGGAAAAGAUGCUGGUUUCCUCUUAUCUUCUCUGGU